CGAGGUGACUCCAAGGAAGAAGAAAACGACAGUCUUUUUGUCUGUCUCGAGUAAUCCAACCUGGAAUCCGAUUCUCAACAGGCCAUGAGUACCACACAAUCAAAGAUCAGAAUUUUCUCGUCUCGAUCCGGCGAUUGGAUCACGUUAAUCCCCCAUCUUUUGUGAUUUUCGUAAUUUUUGUGCUGAAAAUCUUUGGAAUUUUGAGGUCCAAAGAUGGAUAAGUCUAUGGCAAACUGAAAAAGUCUCCAAAAAAAGAAAGGGAAGAAAUUUUGGUCUCAGGAACUUGGUUUCCGAACUGGGUUUCCCUUAAACAUGGUUGUGAAGCUGUGUUGUUUGAUGGCUUCUAGUGGCUACCAUCCUGGAGUAGUUUUGCCCCAACAAGAUCAGGCCAUCAACAAGGCCAUCCAGGAUUGUCAUCCUAUUUUUCCGUGUUAUGGAGCAAGACAUGAGAUUAUGAGAAUAGGAUCUCUUAAUUUGAGGGCUUAUGAGGGUGAGGAGGCAUGGAAACCCAUAAGUGGGUUGUCUAAUCCAAGCCAGUUUGUCAAGAUUGAAUCAGCAGUUAAAAGCCCUCUGCUCACUGAUGUUCAAGAUUCUCAUCCAAGUUCAAUGCUUUUCAGCUCUGUAAUUGCUGAACAUUGCACAAGACAUGAAAAGAUUUUGCAGUUCCUCAUGUCCGGAGCAACUGAACCAGAGGGAGGCACAGUGGAUUUAGCUUUACUUUCUGAGUUGAUGGUUUUACAAUCAUUGAGAAUUGAUUCUCAGCAACAGCCAAGUCCUCUAAUCUACCCUAGUACUUACGCCCAAAAGCCUCUUUUGGACUUUGUUGGAGAUCUGAUGGGUAGUUCAAGAAUUACAAUUCACCCAGAUGGGCGAGUCUCAUUCAAUGGUACGGGGACUGAGGUUAAGGAUCUACUUUCAGUUGUUGCUGAGUUUUACUUGUCAAAAAGCUCAGCUACGUGGGAAAAGCAGUCAAUGCUUGUCCCACACUAUAGUAGGCUGGACAGCAGUGAAAUACGAGUUCUUGUUGAUGGGAAUACUUUGAAGCUUCAAGCAACAACUGUUGCUCCUUUAAAAAGCGCUGAAAAAGUCAAGGUCAAGUCACCAAAAAAGAAGAGUGGUAGAAAGGUAUGCAGAGAGCGGGAUCUCUACAAGAAGAACUACUUUCACGCAUGUGAGAACCUUAUAUCUAUAAUGGUUGACAAGAGGAGGAAGCAUUGUAAAACAGCAAUCCUUUCACUAAAAAAGUCUGGCCCAGAGCUUCCUGAGCUCCUCACUCGUUUCUCUGCCGGCAUUGCUGGGACUGGCCUGGCCGUGCUCUUCUCGGUCGUGUGUAAAUUAGCUUGUUCGAGGGUACCCUUUUGCACUACAAGACUCUUCAACACCGGAUUAGGAUUUGGGCUUUUUUGGCUCUCUUGGGCAGUUAAUAAGCUGAGGGACACAAUUGUCUAUGUCAACAAGAACCAAGGCAAGUUGGGUUUGAAGGAAGAGGAAAUGAUGAACAAAGUGGACAAGAGUGUGAAAGAUAUCUAUUUCAGAGCCGCAACUUUGAUGGCAAUAGCGGUAUUGAGGUUUGCUUGAAAACUAAGCGAUCUAUUUUCCGGCAAGGCGAAUGCAAAUGGUACAGGGCACAAUUUGACUGGCUGUGUAUGUGACAGUAACUGUAUUGUUAUGUAUAGCUGGUUGAUGAUUAGACUGGGUAAAGCUCACUUGCUCGGCUUCUAAGGUGAUGGAGAGGCUCAAGUGAGAAGUAAUCACUGAAAAUAUUUGAUGAAAAGGAAUCCAAAAGAUCUCAGGUAUGACAUGAUGCAGAGUUCUCUAGGGACUGAACUCUGUCUGAUCACCAGUCAGCAUUAGUAAUCAAUGUUCUAUAACCAAUUAGAAUUGUGUAUUAUAUAGCAGUGCAGUGAGUUGGCUAGUUAAUUAUUGUAUCUCAUACAGUACAACAAUUUUGGGCAUGAAAUUCCUAGAUUUAUUCUACGAAUGCAAAGCUUUUAUCAAGAUAGUUUGUUUGA